CGUAAACAAUGAAUACUCCCACUCUAUAAAAAUACAUUAUAUGGACCAAGAAUUGGCAUGAUUUUAUCAGUUAUAAACAAUAAGAAGAAGUAAAUUGUGUAAUUGUUUAAAUAUUAUUUAUUCUAUUUUAUGUUCGAGAUUAGAGAGGGGAUGGCACAAGAGGACAAGGAAACGAGAGAAAAAAGAAGGGAAUUGAUAGGAAGGGAGGUAAGAUGGAAGAACAUGUGUACUGGAUUCUGGGAUGAACCGUCAGUAGCAGAUCAUUUUUCUAUUUUGAGUGAUCCAAAUUGGAAUCUAGACCAAUGUUCUGCAAGAGAAAAUAAAGUGAUUGGUAAUCUUUUUUUAAGCGACAGUCGAUUUCAUCUAAUUGAGAAAAAUUCAUCUUUAUCUCUAGUGAAAAAAGUGAAAGAAUAAUUAUGGAGGUUUUAAUGCAUGAAGCAUCAAAAGGCCCUGACGAAAAUGAAAAUUCAACCUGUUGUAGUGUAUAUCAGGAACAAAGUAUAAAAAAAGAUGAGGAAAUAGAAAUGGAACGUAAUAAAAAUCCUCAACUCUCUUUAAAUAAAAAAGAUGACUACAUGGACAUUACUUUCGAGAAUAUAACAUACAAUGUUUCCUUAGGAUUUCGGAAAGGAACGAAAGAAAUUUUACAUGGUAUCAAUGGGAGACUUCCGGGAAAGCAGUUGAUUGCCAUAAUGGGUCCUUCUGGAGCCGGUAAAUCCACAUUACUCGAUAUUCUUUCCGGAUAUCGAAUAACUGGUGUCCAAGGAACUGUUUACGUUAAUGGUCGUAUUCGUGAUUUGAAUUCAUUCAGAAGAUGUAGUGCGUAUAUUACUCAAGAUGAUAGAUUGCAGCCUUUACUGACUGUCACUGAAAAUAUGAAAGUUGCUGCUGAUCUCAAAUUGGGAACCGAUACUCCAGUAGAACAAAAAAAGAAAAUAAUAGAUGAAAUUUUAACCACCCUAAGCUUAAAUGGAAAUUUGAAAACUAAAGCAGAAAGAUUAAGUGGAGGUCAGAAGAAGCGAUUGUCCAUUGCGCUGGAACUGGUCAACAACCCCACUGUAAUGUUUCUGGAUGAACCGACAACAGGCCUUGACAGUUCUUCUUGUAUGCAAGUUGUAAAUUUGUUAAAACUUCUUGCUUCUCAAGGAAAAACAAUUGUGUGCACAAUUCAUCAACCAAGUGCCUCUCUUUUUCAAUUAUUUGAUCAGGUUUAUGUAUUAUCUGACGGAGAGUGUUUAUACCAAGGAGCAGUUCAUCAAUUAGUUCCAUAUUUAGAGAGUGUUAAAUUACCCUGUCCCAUGUAUCAUAAUCCAGCAGAUUAUGUAAUUGAAUUGGCUUGUGGAGAAUAUGGAGAAGACAAAGUGGAAUCAAUGAUUUGUGGAACACAAAAUGGAAAAAGUUUACAGUGGUUCGACAAAUCGCUAAAUUUAUUAGAUUUAAGGGCACUGAGAGCUGCAUUUCCGGAAAAAGAGGAUCGUAAAAAUGAAAAGAGUAUUUUAGCAUCAAAUCCGAAAAAAAAGUCAGAAGAAAGUUUACAAGCAACUUCUCAGUUACAUCAAUUAAAAGUUCUCCUUGGCAGAGGAAUGAUUAAAGUUAAAAGAGAUCCGACUUUGACCCAUUUGAGAAUAAUUGUAAAUAUUUGCACGGGACUUAUGCUCGGAUCUCUUUUCAUUAAAGCAGGAAAUGAUGGAAAACGUGUAAUUGACAAUUAUAAUCUUCUUUUUGGUAUUCUUAUGCAUCAUAUGAUGACCACAAUGAUGUUGACUAUUUUAACAUUUCCCACUGAAAUGAGUAUUUUACAAAAGGAACAUUUUAAUCGAUGGUACAGUCUAAAGGCUUUUUACAUUUCUGUAAACAUAAUAGACAUUCCAGUUUCAAUAUUAUGUUGUACAAUAUUUUCAUUUAUCGUUUAUUUUAUGUCAGCUCAACCUGCUGAUGUGACAAGAUUUUCUAUGUUUUUCACAAUCAGUUUACUUGUAUCUUUUGUUGCUCAGAGUUUUGGUCUUAUGAUCGGAGCAGUAUUUAAUGUAGUAAAUGGAACAUUUUUGGGACCAACUAUUUCUGUACCAAUGAUGAUGUUCGCUGGUUUUGGUGUUACUUUACGUGAUAUGCCAAGUUUUUUGAAAUGGGGCACAUAUGUCAGUUAUUUGCGAUAUGGAUUAGAGGGGUACAUAAAUGCAAUUUAUGGACUGAACCGAAAGACACUUGCCUGUAAAGACUACUGCCAUUAUAAAUAUCCAAGAAAAUUUUUAAGUGAAAUUGCCAUGAGAGACGAUCAAUUUUGGAAUGAUGUUAUUGCUCUCAUUGUGAUACUCUUCAUUACACGUUUUUCAGCAUACGUUCUCCUAAGAUGGAAACUUAUGGCAUCGAGAUAAAAAAAAAGAGAAUUUUUAUUCCUUUGGAAACAAAAUACUCGAAUAAUUGAUUUUUUUUUAUUAUUCACAAAUUUUUAGUUGAAACUUAUGUAUUCGACAAUUUUCUACAAUUUUUUUUUUUUUAAUAAUUUAGAUCUCGUUUUUCUUUGUAUUUCAUAUUGAAAAUUAUGAGAUCAAUUUAAAAGACUUAAAACUUAUAUCAGAAGUAAUAAGAAAAAAGAAAUGGGUCUUUUAAAAUCAAAUUAUAUUAGAGCCAGUAUAUAUUUUUAUGGUCCGUUAUUAUUUAUUUUUGCAUAAUAUCUAAUAUUUUAGAUUUAAAAGAAAAGUUGUUAUAAAGAGAUGUUUAAAGUGAUAAAUUAAAUUUUUUGUACGUUUAUGUAUAUAUCAUUGAUAAACAAACGUUUCGUUUUUAAGUUAA